CUCAUUCCCCUGAUCCAUGUUGGCACAAAACCUAGCCCUCGACAUACCGUUGGCGCCUUUUAAUUCAAUAAAUGAUCUCAUUCUUUUUUGUUAGUCAUGCAGCCUUAGCAAAUCUUUUUGCAAUCGAGUAGCAUGGACCUAAAAUCAUUAAGGGGAACAAGAAGUUAAACGGAGAUCCAGAAACUUGAAUAAUUAGAGUUUUUAAUAUUUUUCUUAACGGUUCGAACUUUUUGGAUACAUUUUUGGUGUUAAUCCAAACUACAAUGGCCUUUGUUAUUUUUUUUGCCCCGUCAGGCCAGGAUCCGGUGCUAAUCCCUGCGGGUUGACACAGGGUGCCGGGUCUGGGCGGAGUUUCAACAAAGGAAAUUAUUGUAAUACAGGUUUGUCACGAGGAAACUGAUCAACAGCGAAACCCCUCCGACCACCGCUCUACCCACCGGAAUCAUUGAAGAGAAUAUUGUUUUUACCAAAUCGGAAGGAUCUAAAAUUAAGUUGGACUAUAGAUUACCUAAACCGAAGCCUCUCUAUUUCCAUUGGUUUUACGGGAACGGCGCAGCCUGUCACCAUUCUCCAACUUCUCCAAACAUAGAGGCGAUGCAGAGAGAGAGUGGAGGAGCUCCGGCGUCCCCAGGAGCCUCAGGAGCUGAUGGGAGCAUGGAAGUGAACACUGAAGAACAAGUUUCUAAUUCCAGGGGUCAUUAUCCCAAGGAAGUUGUGAAGAAAAGGCCGGGGAAUGUGAGUCGAGAGUCGAGAGGGAGCACUUCAUCCCGGUCCUCCAGGAAAAGCUUCAGAUUGGACUACCGUUUGGAAGAGGAUGUUACAAAAUCCAAGAAAGGCAAAGAUGGCAGAUUUAUCAAUCCGUGGCCAACAUGGAAUGCUCCUGCUUUCAGCAAAGUGUUGAAAUUUGCUGUGAUGGAAAAGGACCACACAAACAUCCCAAGUUCAAAAAUGGAACUUGAUGAAGGAUUGCCAAUAAAAGAACCAUACUUUGUCAAAAACCCAGAACUGGUAGGUGAUGUGGGCAAUGGAAUCCGAGUGACAUGGUUGGGACAUGCAUCGCUGAUGGUGGAAAUGGAAGGGCUCACUUUUCUGACGGAUCCCAUGUUCAGCCAACGAGCCUCACCGGUGCAGUUCUGUGGGCCAAAGCGGUUCCGAAACCCACCCUGUACAGUGGCUCAGUUGCCCAAGAUAGAUGCUGUGGUUAUUAGUCACAACCAUUACGAUCAUUUGGAUUACAACACUGUGCUUAGUCUUAAUCAGCGAUUUGGCAGUGACUUGAGGUGGUUUGUACCAUUGGGUCUCUUAGGCUGGAUGCAGAAUUGCGGCUGUGAGAAUGUUAUCGAGUUAGACUGGUGGGAAGAAAACUGCGUCCCUGGGCACGAUGAGGUUACAUUUGUCUUUACACCUGUUCAGCACUGGAGCAAACGAACUGUGACAGAUGACAACAAAGCACUGUGGGGCAGUUGGUGUGUCCUUGGACCCUGGAACAGAUUUUUUUUUGCUGGAGAUACCGGUUAUUGCGUGGCCUUUGAACAAAUAGGGAAACGGUACGGACCAUUUGACCUUGCUGCUAUUCCUAUUGGUGCCUAUGAGCCAAGAUGGUUUAUGAAGUAUCACCACGUGAAUCCAGAAGAGGCUGUGAGGAUCCACAUAGAUGUUCAGUCAAAGAGGUCUAUAGGAAUACAUUGGGGAACAUUUGCUUUAGCCAAUGAGUACUACUUAGAACCACGAAGAAAACUUGAAGAAGCUCGAGAAAGAUAUGGAUUGAAAUCGGAGGAUUUCUUUGUUUUGAAUCAUGGAGAAUCAACAAAUUUGAUUGAGAACAAAGGUUUUCAAUGAUAAACAAACAAUGUGUGGUUGUUUCACACAACAGGUUGUAUCUGAUACAUCUGACGCUCAUUGUCUUUAAUUUUGGGUUGAAGUACUAUUAGUUUAUUAAAUGUUACAUUUUAUUUAUCCUACUAAAUGUGCUCUAAAUAUAAACAUUGCAUACACUUGCUUUCUCCCCACUCGCAUUAAAUCAUCAGUUAAAGCUUUGAACAUCAGAAAACUGUUUCUACACAAGUAAAAACAUAAUUACAUAAUUAAAACCGUUAUUUUCAGUUUUGUGUUAGUUAAUCAAAGCCCAUAUAAUGUUUAUUUUAUCAAAUAGCCAUCACAUAGCAUUUUAUUGAUAGGAGCUUUAUGGAUUUUGCAAGUGUCAGUUGCCUUAAGAGAAUCUGUGGUUGUCCUCUAUUCCAGAAAUACUGCACCUGAUACUUGCACGUUUGCCAAAAUAAUUCAAGAUUGCACAGUUAAAUGUGUAUUUUGAGUAUGUUAAAAAUACAUAAACAUUACAGUAAUUAAAUACUGUAUAUAAGCAGUUGUCUCAAUGCAACUUGUGUUGUGACCUUGAUUUAUAAAUGGAAGGUUGACCUUAAGCCAUGUGCCUUUUGAAUCAACACCACGGCUGCACUGGUGCCUGGUGGUGCACAAAGAUAUCAGUGUUUCUUUCCAGAGUGAAUGGUCCUAUGGGCCUGAACUAUGAGAUUAGUUUGUAUUGUGAAGCUAAAAUAUGUUACAGAACCAGAGUAGAAUCCAGGAUUGAAGGCAGAAAUAACAUUACCCAGGUGUUUGUAAUCUCCUACACAACUGUUUCAAAUAUACUUUGCUGUAAUGGUGACUGUCUCAUUUAUUAAUUAACCCUCUACUUUGCAUUCCUGGCUAUUUUACAAAUAACAGUUCUCCACUCAGGAAAUAUUUUAUUUUAGGAAGCACAAGAGAUUGCAGAUGCUGGUAACUGGAACAAAAAAUAAACUGAUACAGAGAAACAUUGACUAUUCCUCACUUCCACAGAUACUGCCUCGCCUACUGAGUUCCUCUAGCAAUUUGUUUUUUUGUUAGGAGAUAUUUGAACUGUUUCCAAUCAACUCUAGAGGUGUGCAGGUCACUUUAAAAAUAGUAGUACCUACACCUUGGAUUUAUUUUCCUAUGUAAAAAUCUAUUGCCUUUGUUGAUUAAAUCUGUGCAUCGGUACUCAUGUGGAGCCUACUUCAGUUUUCAUAAAUAUUGGAUAGAAAUGUAAAAUGUUAAUACAUGUAAAUAUGUGAUAAAAUGUAAGAUUUAGAAAAAUAGGUCAAUCUCCCAGAUGCAUUGUUCAGGUAAAAAUUAAAAGUUAUCUCUGAUUCUGA